AUGUCCAGGCAAGACAAGGCUACAACAGAGCGCAACGCGCGCAUCCUCCGCGACCUUGUGCGUCAGCCCGACAACAAGGCGUGCGCCGACUGCCGCAAGAAUGACGCACGCUGGGCAUCCUGGAACCUUGGUGUCUACCUCUGUAUCCGCUGUUCCGGCAUGCACCGUGCCAUGGGCACUCACAUUAGCAAAGUGAAGAGUAUCGACCUUGAUAUCUGGACGCCGGAGCAGAUGGAGUCGAUCCAGAAGUGGGGUAACCGCCGCGCAAACCUCUACUGGGAGCGACACCUCAAGAAGGGCCACGUCCCGCCUGACCACAAAAUCGAGUCGUUCAUCCGGUCAAAGUAUGAGUCGAGGCGCUGGGCGAUGGAUGGCCCUCCUCCUCGUGACCCGGCUACACUCGAGGACGGCGCAGCAGCCAGCCCAAGCGCAAGCAGCCCCCCACCCCCAGCAGCCCAGACGUCGCGUCCGACGCCUACUGCUGCCCCAGUUGCCGGCCCCACUCCCGCCUCGCGCGGCGCUCACCCGCUUCUUUCGCGUCAGGCCAAACCCGGCAUGGCCGCACCUGCUCCUGCUCGCGCGACCCCUAUCAUUGACCUGUUCGGCGACGACACGCCUGUCGCUGCCCCUGUGACCACUGCCGCACCUGCAGCUCCUGCCGCUGCUCCAGUCUCCCCAGCUACCACCGCGGCAGCCGCCCCUCCCCCCACAUCUGCUGCCCCGCCGUCCAACAUCUUUGACCUCGACUUCAAAGCCCCCGCCGCCCCUGCCGCAAGGCAGCAGACCGCCAAGGCGGACAUCAUGUCCCUCUUCUCCCAGCCAUCAUCGCAGCAGCAGCAGCAGCAGCCCGUCGCCUCGGGCGGUUUCUUCAACGCCUCGGCCGCCCCAGUCGCUGCCAACCCUUACGGCUCGUGGAACGGCGGCAUCACAUCCAGCUCGCCUCCCCAGUCGGCGCCGACCCAGGCUCCCGUCUCGAACUGGGGCGGAUUCAACGACCAGGCUGCUUGGGGAUCGCCUGUCGCGGCUGCUGCUCCGCCCCAGCAGGCUCAGCAGAACCUCUGGGGCGCGCCAGCGGCCGCGUCGUCGGCGGCUGCCGACCCUUGGGCCGCUGCGUCUGCCCCUGCCGCCGCACCGGCGCCCAAGAAGGACGAGCGCGACCCGUUCGCCAACAUCUGGGGAUAG